UGGUAGUCUAACAGAAUCGCUGAUAGUCAUCGUCGUAUUCUGCCACUGAAUCUCAUUCGCAGUGGCUGACAGGUAAAACAAGAUACCAAACACGUCAUGGUCAAGGCGUUUUCCAAUCAUACGUUCUGAAUUAUUAAUUCUUUCCUACAAACAUUCGAACGUUAAUAUAACGCGUUAUUCCGACUAGAAAAAACAGCUUGGAACAUACGCAUUCUCAACAACAAUGUCUGAUCAAUUGACAGAGGAGCAAAUUGCAGAGUUCAAAGAGGCAUUCAGUCUGUUUGACAAGGACUCUGACGGAAUCAUCACAACCAAAGAGUUGGGGACAGUGAUGAGGUCACUAGGGCAGAACCCGACAGAAGCUGAGGUACAGGACAUGAUCAACGAGGUGGACGAAGAUGAAAACGGCACAAUAGAUUUCCCAGAAUUCCUCGUAAUGAUGGCACGGAAGAUGAAAAAUACCGAAUCUAACGAAGAGAUUCGAGAGGCGUUCCGGGUAUUCGACAAGGACGGAAAUGGUUGCAUCAGCGCGGUGGAACUGCGUCAUGUGAUGACUAGCCUGGGCGAAAAGCUUACAGAUACGGAAGUAGACGACAUGAUCCGAGAAGCCGACAUAGAUGGAGACGGACAGGUUAAUUACGAAGAAAUCAAAGAGGCGUUCAGCCUGUUUGACAAAGAUGGCGACGGUACCAUAACAACCAAAGAGUUGGGGACAGUGAUGAGGUCACUAGGACAGAACCCGACAGAAGCUGAGUUACAGGACAUGAUCAACGAGGUGGACGCGGAUGGAAACGGUACAAUUGACUUUCCCGAAUUCCUCACAAUGAUGGCACGUAAGGCGAAAGAUCAAGAUAGCGAAGAGGAGCUGCGAGACGCGUUUAAAGUAUUUGAUAAAGAUGGAAAUGGAUUUAUCAGUGCUGCUGAAUUACGACACGUAAUGACAAAUUUAGGAGAAAAACUAACAGAUGAGGAAGUUGAUGAAAUGAUCCGAGAGGCUGACAUUGAUGGUGAUGGACAAGUCAAUUAUGAAGAAUUCAAAGAGGCCUUCAGCCUGUUUGACAAAGAUGGCGACGGUACCAUAACAACCAAAGAGUUGGGGACAGUGAUGAGGUCACUAGGACAGAACCCGACAGAAGCUGAGUUACAGGACAUGAUCAACGAGGUGGACGCGGAUGGAAACGGUACAAUUGACUUUCCCGAAUUCCUCACAAUGAUGGCACGUAAGAUGAAAGAUCAAGAUAGCGAAGAGGAGCUGAGAGAAGCGUUUAAAGUAUUUGAUAAAGAUGGAAAUGGAUUUAUCAGUGCUGCUGAAUUACGACACGAAAACACACUGACAGAGGAACAGAUCGACGAGUGUAAAGAAGCAUUUAGCCUGUUCGACAAAUGUGAUGAAGGCACCAUAGCAACCAAAGACAUAGGGAGAGUGAUGAGGGCACUGGGACAGAACCCGUCAGAAACACAACUACAGGACAUAAUUAACGAAGUGGACAAGGAUGGAAAAGCUACAAUUGACUUUCCCGACUUCUUUACAAUUAUGGCUCGUACGGUUAAGCACGCCAAUAAAGAAGAAGAGUUGCAAGAGGCGUUUAAAGUAUUGGAUAAAGAUGGGACUGGCUUGAUCAGUGCAGCUGUAUUACGACACGCAAUGGGAAAUUUAGGAGAAAAGCUAACAAAUGAGGAAGUCGAUGAGAUGAUCCAAGAGGCUAACAUUGAUAGUGAAGGCCAACUCAGCUAUGAAGAGUUUUCGGCAAAAAUGCUGGCACUGUAGAACCAACAGUAAUGCCGCCUUCCAAAAUUCAUCUUGUCACCAAUCAGCUUCUGUUGUUAACGUCAAAUCCUUCAUUUGCACAUAACUACUUAAUCCGGCGUUGAAAAAAGUGAACAAAAUACCACAGUCUGCACAAAGACGACUUUAAUUGUAUGAAACUCGCCUAUAAUCUUUAUCAGCCUGUAUCUCCUAAAACUUUGUGUUGAAAGUAGGCCCACAUGUAGUCAACAUUGAGUACGGAAUCCUGAUAUCUGCAACAAAUAGUUGAAGACCGAGGUAACUGCGUGAUUAAUCAUCGUAGUUGGAAAGUAACGAUAUAACUGUCAAGAAAAGGGAAGUUCGCAAUCGGAAAAUCGAACUUGUCACGCUAAUCGUACUUUGAAAUAGUAAUCUGUCCCUGUUGGUCUUGCGUCAGUAAGAAUCGAGGAAAACUGUUAUUACAGUCGACGUGGUCAAUAUAUUCUAUAAUGUUUUAAAGUGAACUCAUCGUUGAUAAAAGCGGAACUGAAGGACUUUAAAAUGUUUUGUUAGCAGUCAAACGGAGCAGUAUACAGUUUGUUUUCAUAAAAAAAAUAACCGCCUGCCAAAAACUCUUGCCACCGAAUUCAACAAAGAUACUGUCAAGUACAGAUAAUUUUCCCAAUUUAAUCAUCAACAUGUUUAACACUGAUUUGUUAUGUUGUUUUCAUAGCCUAUGACCAAAAUUAUCUACAGCCGUUUAUUGUAAACGUGGUACACUUUUCGUGGAAGGGAUGUAUGUAUGAAUUUUAAUUGAUAUUUUGAUGAAAUGCAAUUGUUUUC